AUGCUGGACAGCGACGAAGACUCCCCAUUCACCGUUAUAUCUCUGCCAGUCUACACGCCAGAGCCACCAGCUGCGAGUUACGGGAAGAAGAACGGGAUGUGGUAUGGAGGUACUAGCACAGCAGCGAGCGGGUGGUCUCGUGCUGGUACCCGGAAGCAAUCUGUAGCGGAGUCUGAUGCUCCACCACCAGGGGGCGGCAAGCCCUCCAGUGGUAGAGUCAUCAGGAUAAUAAAUAAUAUGGAUCAUUCUAUCCAGUGUCGCGUGCUUUUAAAUUUAAGAACCAGCCAGCCCUUCGAAGAGGUUCUAGAGGAUUUGGGACAAGUAUUGAAGAUGAGCGGAGCUAAAAGAAUGUACACUGUUAAUGGACAAGAGGUGCGAAGCUUUUCUCAGUUAAGAAAUGAGUUCGCGGACAUUGAAACCUUUUAUUUGGGAACCGUCCUAGUUCCACCAGCUCUGAGCCCUGGAGUUGCUGCGCUUCCAAUUGAAUCACCAAUAAGAAGAUCUCGUUCAAGGGCGAACGUGGCAGCUCUCCCCAUAGCAGAUGAUGGUAGAGGAAGAAGAGCUCGCAGUAAGAGUAGACCGAGGAUACUGUAUGCACCAGAGGGGGAAAUUAUUAGGAAUACCGAUUAUACCCUAUUAGAAGUGCUAAAAGAAGAGCCGAUUCGAGUGACUAUCAGAGGAUUGCGACGUACCUUUUACCCUCCCAUACACCACCCACCGAUUGACAAUUCACCCCCUGAGAAAAAAAUGCAAUUGGAUUGGGUUUAUGGUUAUCGAGGCGCUGAUGCAAGGAAAAACCUCUGGGUACUCCCGACUGGGGAGCUUUUGUACUACGUCGCUGCAAUUGCUGUGAUGUAUGACAGAGAUGAAGAAUCUCAAAGACAUUAUAUUGGACACACUGAAGAUAUUCAAUGCAUGGAAUUACAUCCAUCUCGAGAGUUGGUGGCGAGUGGUCAACGCGCCGGGCGGGGGCGGAGAGCGCAGGCGCACAUUCGCAUCUGGAGUACAGACACUCUGCAGACAUUGCACGUAUUUGGCAUGGCUGAAUUUGAAGCUGGAGUCUCGGCUGUCGCCUUCUCCCAACUUAAUGGAGGUAGUUACGUAAUGGCUGUGGACAGUGGACGAGAGAGUAUUCUGUCUGUCUGGCAAUGGCAAUGGGGGCAUUUACUUGGCAAAGUUGCGACGCUACAAGAGGAACUUACCGGAGCAGCUUUCCACCCACUGGAUGAUAACUUGCUUAUAACACAUGGAAAAGGUCAUCUGGCGUUUUGGAAUAGACGCAAGGAUGGUUUCUUUGAGAGAACAGAUAUAAUUAAACCGCCAUCACGAACUCAUGUAACGGCUUUGCAAUUUGAACAAGAUGGCGACGUGGUCACGGCAGACAGCGAUGGGUUUAUCACCAUUUACAGUGUCGAUGCGGAUGGAGCGUAUUUUGUACGCAUGGAGUUUGAGGGGCAUAUAAAAGGCAUCAGCUCGUUAGUGAUGCUCUCCGAAGGUACUCUAAUAUCUGGAGGAGAAAGAGAUAGAAAGAUAGCGGCUUGGGACUCUUUACAGAACUACAAGAGAAUAACAGAGACGAAGCUACCAGAAGUAGCUGGAGGAGUUCGAAGUAUCUAUCCUCAGCGUCCAGGAAGGAAUGACGGCAACUUGUACGUUGGAACAACAAAGAAUAACAUUAUGGAGGGCUCUUUACAGCGAAGAUUUAACCAAGUGGUUUUCGGGCACAACAAACAGCUGCUGGGCGUGGCAGUACAUCCAGAUGACGAAAUGUUUGCGACUGCUGGAAAUGACAAGAAUAUCGCGCUGUGGAAAGGACACAAACUUGUUUUUGCUACUCAGGUUGGCUAUGAAUGUGUCUCCCUAACCUGGCAUCCUGGAGGUGGUGCCCUCGCCGCCGGAAGUACUGAGGGUCACUUAAUCGUUCUCAAUGCGGAUGCUGGCGCUCCUGUCUGUACCAUCCGUGUCUGUGGGUCACCACUUAAUUGUCUGCAUUAUAAUAAUGCGGGCGACGUAUUGGCAAUCGGAUCGCAGAAUGGUAGCAUCUAUUUAUUCAGGGUGUCACGAGACGGGUUCUCCUACAAAAAAUGGAACAAGAUUCGUGGCGCUCAACCUCUGAUGCAGCUCGAUUGGAGUUUGGAUGGAAACUUUUUGCAGUCGGUCACUGCUGAUUACGAUUUGGCAUUCUGGGACAUAAAAGCUUUAUCACCGGAAAAGAGCCCAAUGGCUAUGAAAGACGUCAAAUGGUCAACCUACAAUUCCACUGUGGGCUUCCUUGUGUCCGGAAUGUGGAACAAUCGAUUCUAUCCCAUGACGUCAUUGAUUACGACCUCAAGCCGGUCAUCUGCGCAUGAUCUGCUCAUCAGCGGGGAUUCGGAUGGCUAUUUAAGAUUAUUCAGAUACCCUUGCGCCAGCGCGAAGGCGGAAUACAAUGAGAUGAAGGUGUACUCUGGAGCUGUGUUCUCAGCUCGAUUCAUGUUCAACGAUCGUUGUUUAGUGACGUCAGGGGGCAGCGAAGCAGCUCUGCUUUUGUGGGAGCUCGUGGAGGACUAG